GUCCCAUGAGCCUCCUGGGUAAAUUGUAACCCUUCAGCCGGGGACUGCGGGGUUGGGGGCAGGGCCCUCGCUGAAUAAGGUAGCAAGGCUGCGAUUGGUCAGGGGGAUGGAGCCGAGAGAACGAUUGAAUGGGACAAAGAGGAAGGGUAAGAGGCAGACGUGAGGCAAGUGAGGCAAGUGAGGGAGGGAAGGGGCAGUGAGAGAGAGAGAGAGAUAGCAGCAGAUGGACUGCUGCAAACCUGGCAACACUCUCAUGAAGGGCAGCCUGUUUAAAUGACAGUGCGUGUGCAUUGAUGGCAGCGGAGUUGGUGCAUAGGGGAUAAUGGUGUUGGAUGAGGAACUGGAUGCAGUGGACAGUAAUCCUAUUGAGAAGUAGGACAGGCACAGAGGACUUCUGCUCUAAACACCCCUGCUGUUUUUCCCAGCAGAUGCUGCUCCAGAACAACAGAAGACUGCAGCAUGCCUGAAAAUGCAUGGAGAUAUGGCUAUAAAUGCUGCUGACUGUUGAGGGACACUUUGUUCAUCUGGCAGCAUUACUUUAUUGCUUUUUUUUUACUGAGAGAGCAGCUUGUCUUCACCUGGGACGCAGCAGUCUCUGGGAGCACGAGUUCACACAUACUCUAUGGUGAAGAUGAGCCUGGACCCUGUACAGGUAAUGAGCGGGCAAGUCAGCGAGCUUAAAGUUUCUGCGUCGUCCAAUGGGGAAAGCAGAGAAUCGUGGGAAGAGAAGGAAGACUUUAAUCAAGAUAACCUGGGCCUCACCACCAAACCAAAAGCAGUGACAGGAAGACGAGCCCGGAAGGUGGAAGGAGGCGUCUUCUUUCCCAAGCCCGAGAACGCCGUCACCGUUGCAGUUUCCUCCCGCGUGUUGUUCCGCACCGAGCGCGAGCAGAAGGUGUUUGAGCAGAAAGGAGUAGAAGAGUACCUGAGGUACCAGAUCGAGCAUGAGAACGAACCCUUCGCCCCUGGGCCUGCGUUCCCCUUUGUCAAAGCCCUGGAGGCCGUCAACACACGUCUGCGGGAGCUGUACCCAGAGAGUGAAGAACUGUUCGACAUCGUUCUAGUGACAUACAACCACGCACACGUAGGAGUGAGACUCAUCAACACUAUUAAUCAUCACAAUUUAUUUAUUGAGAGGUUUUGUAUGACAGGAGGGAGUAGUCCCAUUGGCUACCUAAAGGCCUGGCACACCAACCUCUACCUGUCUGCUGACGCCGACAAGGUCAGAGAGGCACUGGCUGAGGGCAUUGCUGCAGCCACCAUGUUCAUGUCGGAGAAGCUGACGGAGGUCUCAGAGUCUCAGCUCAGGGUGGCAUUUGACGGUGACGCCGUCCUUUUCUCUGAUGAAUCAGAGCGCAUCUUCAAGGCCCACGGGCUGGACAAGUUCUUUGAACAUGAGAGGGAAAAUGAAGACACACUUUUGGAUCAUGGUCCCCUGAAGGGGUUCUUGGAGGCACUAGGGAAACUACAGAAAAAGUUUUAUACUAAAGGCCAUCGUCUAGACUGUCCCAUUAGGACCUUCUUGGUGACGGCUCGCAGUGCAGCCAGUUCCGGGAUCCGGGCGCUAAAGACCCUGAGGGCCUGGGGGCUGGAGAUCGACGAGGCAUUGUUCCUAGCAGGGGCACCAAAAGGUCCGAUGCUGGAGAAGAUCAGGCCGCACAUCUACUUUGACGACCAGAUGUUUCAUGUGGAGGAUGCAGCAGAGAUGGGCACCAUAGCUGCCCACGUGCCUUAUGGCAUUGCACAGAAACAUAACAUCAAGAAAUGACCUUGUGAACUACAGGACCUUUCAAGUCCUCAGGUACAAACGAGAAAAAUGUAUAAAAGAAAAUGUGAAUUCAGUUUAAAAAGCUGAACUCGAACGAUCAUCAUGCGUGAAAACCUAUGACUUUUACAUGACUUUUUUGUGCAGUUAGCCUGUUUUAUUACACCGCUAACUGAGUUCAUAGGACAGACUUUGGCUCAGGAGGUGAUGGUAAUAAAUAUGUUAAUUAUAUUAUAUGUUGAUAGUUAAUGUUAUCUAUUAAAGUAUAAUAACAAUAAAAGGUAGUGCAAACAAUUAAAAUAAAUAUUUAAAUUUCUAACAAUAUUUAGACCGGUAAAUGCAAUAUUCUGCAAUAUUCCUGGCCUCAAAAUCUUCUCAGGGGUACUGAUAAACACAGGGGUGUCCUCUGUACUAGAAAACAACAUGACAUCGUUGUCGUCAGGUUAAUAUAAACCUCCUAUUGAGCCAAGAAGUCACCGCACCUCACCUCCUGUAUUAACAGUUAAUAAUAUUAAUUCCUUCCCUUUUUUCUGUUGUGAUUUUUUCAGGAACAUAUUUUUAAUAUAAUGACUGUUUUAACUCAUCUACCCUGAAAGCAAAAAGCCCCAACUACAACAUUAGAAAAGCUUAUGGCACCCUCUAUUGACCAAUUCAAUAGUCACUGCACAAAGUCAACAGUUCUUGGCUGAAUAUUUUGAAUUGAGUUGAAUGCUGUUGUUCGACUGUUAUAGUAGAUAUGAGACAUAGAAGUGUAUCAGAAAUAAAGAAAGGUUUUUAGGCUAGAAUGUAAUAAAAAUAAAUAUUUAUAAUAAAUCUUAUAAGAGGCAUGGACUGACUGCUGUGUCAGCGAAAAGAAAGAGUGCUGAUUUUGAAGCAGGUGUGAGUUGUUCAUCUUAAUUACAUAAUGAGGUUAUCAUUAGGGUGUACAAGGUUCAAAGUUGUCUAAACUGCAUGAAAGCUCUACUUUAAGGAUGGCACUUUCUGCUUUUUUUUCUUUUCUAUCUUUCUCUCUCUUUUUUUAGAAAUAUAUUAUAUUCUAGUAAAAACAAUGAUUUCUAUUUAUGUGUUAGUUCAUGAGAAACGUAGAAAGCCAUACGUGUCAGCUGGUGCCUUAGAUUCAAAGACAAUUUACAGUUGCUGCACUGCCAUUAAAUUGAACUAUGUUUCCUAUAAAUGAAACAUCGAUGGAGCAUUUCUUAUUUUUUAUUCUAUUCUGCCGAGUAAAGAUGAAAAAAAAAGUUUGGAACGACUGGGACUGGGUUAAAGGCUCAGGCUUUCCAUCAGAGGAUUGCUGGUUAAAUCCCAGCCCUGGCAGGAAUUUGGUUUGCCCACUGUUUUGGCACAUUAGUAAAAAGUUCAGCCCACUGCUCCUGUGUUUCUGUUGUUAAUCACUGUGUCGUCUCACAGAUGGGUUGGAGGAUUAAUAGAGUACAGAAAUAAAGCUGAAACCAAGUACCAAGCUAGAACUUUCUGUUUGUGUUUUUACAGAAUUUAUACACUUGUUUACUUCUAUAGUAGAUAAAAACCCUCACUAAACCCAAUUAAACAGGACUGCAUUAAGCAGGGCUCAUAUUUUUUUUGUUUUUAUUUACAUUGGCAGUUACUAAUUUGGCUUCUUCCCACAAUCAUUAUCGGAAUACUAAUUAAUAACCCAUUCCUGUUUAAGCGUGAGUUACGUCUGUCAGGA